CACUGCCCAGCACCAGGAAGCACUGUGACCAUGCGACCUGCGUAAAGCAGCAUCAAAGAGGACAGCCUGCUGGACGGACCUCAGAGGGAACAUACAGCAUUAGAUGUUAAAGCAUUGGGCCCCUGACCAAGCUGCCAUAUUUAAUGAGGAGAGAGUAAGAACAGAGAGGACUUCAGUGUUAAACUAUUAACGGGAUGGAAGCUGAUUUGACGUGACCUGAUUUCAUUGAAGGAGUUUUUUUUGCAUGCACAGCUCAGUGAGAGACUCACUCUGCAGCACUGCUGAUCAGCACAGUUGAUGGUGUCUGCGGCUCAUCUAGUCACUGAAGAGUCGUAGAGGAUGGAACGAUCACUCGUCCUACUUGUAUCUUCUCUCCUGGUGUCGCUCUGCAGAGGACAAAGCCUCUGCCAUGAGAACAACUGUCCUCACUACAAACUGGUGGAUAAAACAGACGAUUAUGAGGAGCGUUACUACGAAGCCACAGACUGGAUCUCCACCAGAAUAGAAGACGAUGGUCUAUGGGCCGCUCAUUUAAAGCUGAAGGAUUACUGCAGCAGACAGAAGGAUCAAGGUUAUGAGCUUUCUGUCGACACCUGGCCUAUGCUGAUCACAGAUCGUCCAGAUGGCCGCUAUAUGUCCUGGUUUGUUUCUCCUGGAACACGCGAACCUGAAAACAACGAUCCAUACGUCACACUGGAAAGAAAACCUGCAGGAACCAUCUAUGUCAAGGUCUUCAGUGGUAGGCCAAGCCUGGAGGCGAGUGAGGAUAACAAAGGGUCGCUGCGUGAAGCCUUGAAAAAAGUCAUGAAAGAUUUUGAUCACAGCACUUCCACCGGAGCAGCCUUUGAGCCCAUUUUAUAUUUCAAUCACCACAACGAGGUCUGGAUCCAGGCCAAACCCAAUUAAACCAAAUCAAUUUUACCCAUAGUUACAACUCUAUAACUCUGUAGUAGACAUUUAGUGCUUUUUAACACUUUAACAAAUUCUAUACCCCUGCUAGCUGAAGUCAGGGGCGUGAUGUGGGGUUAAUUGUUGGGGAAGCCAACUAAGGUCUCAGAUACUGACAACGUAAUGUAACCAAAUGCACAAUUCUAACUCUUAUUUUACACACAUGCAUGACGUACUAACCCUGUUGUAAGUGUUUGAGGCUGAAGUUUAGCACUGCCACCUAUACGCUAAUUUUCCACAGCGAAUAUUUGUCUCUCUUAUUUUGUCCUCUCUGUUUUUUCUGCUAUUUAGAUGUAGUUUUAUGUUGCUGCUGUAGCAGUAGUUUAAUAUAACAGUUUUUUACUAAAACUCAAAAUUUCCACCCUCUUUAACUUCCCCUUCUAAGGUUGUACGCAGAAGUGUAAGAGGCCAUGACAUGUGAAGCAAGAAUGCUGCUUAGCUUCCCUUGGCGUAGUGCUUGCCAAUCACAGUCUGGCAGUGGCAUGACCAUCGCCUCAUCUGAUUCGUUGAUUUUCAGCAUUAGAUGCCAAUUUCACCUGGUUUCCUCAGAGAGGUGACAGAGGUGAAUACAUUUACAGCCAAAAUCACAACCCCGGUCUGAACAAACAGGGGAAGUCUGACUUCUCUUGGCUUCUGGAAGACAACACCACUAGCUUCAGUGCUGCGUGCUCGACUGCCUCUGAUGGCGUGCUGGAAACUGGUUUUUAAGAAUGUUGUUGAAUCUACCAGCAGCUUUCUGUCUCUAUGAAUAUCAGAUUCUACAGUCUCAUUUGGUCCAGACAUCUCUACUGUACAUCUAAAACAACAUUCAAACAAUAAACCGCUGACUGUUUAA